AUGCAGACUCUAAAAUGUGUAGUGGUGGGCGACGGUGCUGUGGGAAAGACGUGUCUGCUGAUUUCGUACACUACCAACCAGUUUCCAGCAGACUAUGUGCCCACAGUAUUUGACAACUAUGCGGUGACGGUAAUGAUCGGAGACGAGCCUUACACUCUAGGGCUUUUCGACACUGCAGGACAGGAGGACUACGAUCGUUUGAGACCGCUGUCGUAUCCGUCCACGGACGUUUUUUUGGUGUGUUUCAGUGUGAUCUCUCCGCCAUCGUUCGAGAACGUAAAGGAAAAGUGGUUUCCUGAAGUGCAUCACCACUGUCCCGGCGUUCCGUGUCUGAUUGUAGGGACCCAGGUGGACUUGCGGGACGACAAAGUCAUCAUCGAGAAGCUGCAAAGACAGCGUUUGCGGCCAAUACUGCCUGAACAAGGUGAGAGACUGGCACGCGAGCUACGGGCCAUCAAAUACGUGGAGUGUUCCGCUUUGACGCAACGCGGACUCAAAAACGUCUUUGACGAGGCCAUUGUCGCGGCGCUGGAGCCUCCAGUGAUUAAAAAGAGCAAAAAAUGUACUAUUUUAUAG